AUGUCGUCGGUGUUUGGUUUCAACUCGCCGUUCGUCGCGCUCGUCGGCCCAACGCUACUCCAAAGCGGCGGCAAGGAAGUGUCCACGGCAGAACAUCUCCAAGGCAAGACUGUUGCCAUCUACUUCAGCGCGCAUUGGUGCCCUCCGUGCCGCGGGUUCACGCCACAACUGGCCACGUACUACAAGAAGUUGACAGCUACCGGAAAACCGUUUGAGAUCGUGUUUGUGAGCUCGGACAACAACCAAGAAUCGUUCGACGAGUACUUUGCCGAGAUGCCAUGGACUGCUGUGCCGUAUGCCGCUCGUGACAUCCACAAAUCCCUGAAUGCACAGUACAAGGUGCAGGGCAUUCCCACCCUCGUGAUUGUGGACGAGAACGGCAACACGAUCAACACGAACGCCCGAGGCAAAGUCAUGCAAGACCCUGAAGGUGUCAACUUCCCGUACGUCCCCAAGACGUUGCCGCAGAUGUUGGGCAACCACUUUGUCAACCGCGACGGUCAGUCGUUCAGCGCGGCCGACCUGAAGGGAAAGCACUUGGGCUUGUACUUUUCUGCUUCGUGGUGCGGUCCAUGCCAAAACUUUACACCUGUCCUCGCCGAUGCAUACAUCAAGGCGAAGGAUGCUGGUCAUGCGCUCGAAAUUGUGUUUGUGAGUGGCGACAACUCGCAGAGCGACUUUGACGGAUACUUGAAGAAAAUGCCAUGGCUGGCGAUCCCGUUCGAGUUUGCGAAGGAAGCUUACGAAGACUUGAGCGAAAUGUACGAAGUCGAAGGCAUCCCGCAUUUGGUCAUCUUGGGACCAAAUCGCGGCCCUACCCGACCCGUGGUCAACAAUGAUGCUGUCUCAGUUGUUCAAGCAAGCCCCGACGCCUUCCCGUGGGCUCCCAAGUCCGUUGUCGAUCUGUCCGAAGGCGUCAGCUCUGGUGGAUUCACCAUCAACGACAAGCCUUCGUUGAUUGUGUUUUACUCGACUCUGACGGAAGAGGAACAGUCGACUGUAAAUGCGUCGCUAAAGACUAUUGCCGCCGAGUCCAACAAGGGCGUCGUGUGCCACGGAGAUGUGUGCACAACGUCGGACGAGCCUUCCGUCAUUUUCUUCACGAACAAGAGCAAGAGCAACGGCAUCGCCGACCAAAUCCACGAAUUCACCAAGUCCGAAGGCGUCGAAGGACCGCACGCCAUUUUGCUAGACAUCUCCGAGCGCAAGUUCUUCGUGCACACGGGAGCCAUCGAUGAGGCGUCGCUGCGCGGCAUCCUGUCGCAGUUUGACGCAAAGACGCUUCCGCUGGAGGCGCUUGAGCUGUAG